GCGGAGGAGGGAUGAUGCACGCACCAAAAACUCGCCCGAGGUGGGACCCAAACCCGACUAUAUAAAACUUGCUCGUGGUGCAAUGGCUCCAUAUCAGUAGCCACCUUCCCAGCCAUCAUGUUAGUUAAGUGUUUUGUUGUCGUCGCUUUAGUGGCGCUUGGGGCGCAAGCCCGUACCACCGCAGGUGCCACCUCGAACGCAAUCCACGAGGAAAAAGCGCGCAGCGACGAGUCUACAAGUUAUUUCGGCGAACUGAAGUAUGUGUAUAAAGUGUAUCAAGAAUGUGCCGCUGCGGAUUUUUCCUCGUGCCUUAAACUGAAGUUGGUUGCUGCCUUGGACCGCGUUGCCAGAUCGUACUCCGACGUAUCAAUCCUAGAGGGAGUUACGUUCGUUAAAAAUGCCGAAGCUGCUCCUGCAGAGGUCAAAAGUGAAGCUGAAAUAGAAUCCACCCUUCCCAGAGCCUUGGGAGAGAAGGAUCAAGCCUUGAACGGUUUGAUCGCCAGUAGAGUCAGCAACUUCUUUGAAACGCACACCCUACAGGUAAAACUCCCAACAGUUAGCGACUUGCAGAGAUCCUUCAGCGAGGAAGGUCGCGGUAAGAAGAAGAAGUCUUCCGGACUGCUUCUUCUCCCCCUCAUCGCUAUGGGUACCCUGAUCCCUCUAGCUCUUGGAGCGCUCGCUUUACUAGCCGGUAAAGCCCUGAUUGUCUCCAAACUCGCCUUGGUACUUGCUGGUAUCAUUGGAUUGAAAAAACUGCUCAGUUCUGGACAUGGUGGUGGCCACGAAUCCGGGCAUGUUGAGGUGGUCGCUGGCGGGCAUUCAUCUGGAUGGGGAAGAUCGUACGAAAAGGAACAAGCUGCCCAAAAGUUGGCAUACAAUGCCUAUGCUCCGAAAGAACCCACGAGCUAGUUUAUUAGAUUAGUUAUUUAAGUAAUUUAUUCUAUAAUUUUAAUGUACCGACAAGACUUAAUAAAUUGAUAAUUGUUUU